AUUUUAUCUCAGUUGCUUUUUGUUUGUCAUUCACAGGGUGACAUUGGAGGGCAGAGGACUCUUCAGAGGAAGUGGACAUCCUUUCUCAAGGCCAGAUUGGUGUGUGCCAUUCCUGAUUAUGAGCUUCAUUUCAACGUCCUACGCAGCGUUUUUGUCGUCGAGGGAAGCAGCGGACACGACAGUGUCUUUUAUGGUGUUUUUGGACUUGAGUGGAGAAAUGUUAAGAUGUCUGCAGUGUGUCAGUAUUCCCUCAGAGAUGUCCAGACAGCAUUUGAUGGGCCGUACAUGGAACUACAGGACACCAAAUGGAGGGAAUACACUGGGAAAGUUCCAGAACCAAGGCCUGGUUCGUGUAUAACUGAUCAGCAUCGUGCCCUGCUCAUAAAUUCCUCCCGGGAUCUCCCUGACAACGUACUGAAUUUUGCCCGGAGACAUGCUUUAAUGUCCAGACAGAUCCAGCCCGUGGGAGGACGUCCUGUGUUGCUCCAGAGGAGCACGGACUACACCAAGAUCGUUGUAAAACAGGUUGUGGGUUUGGAUGGACAUGUCUAUGACAUGCUCUACAUUGGAACAGAUGAGGGCUGGUUACACAGGGCUGUAAAGAUAAGAGACCGUGUUCACAUCAUUGAGGAGCUUCAGCUGUUCAGGAAGAAACAACCAAUCAAUAAUAUGGUGAUAUCACAAAAACAGAACAGUAUCUUUGUGAGCGCUGCCACUGGAGUGGUGCAAGUACCCCUGUCAUCCUGUGAGCGCUACACCUCCUGUUAUGACUGUGUGUUUGCAAGAGAUCCGCUCUGCGGCUGGGAUGGUAGAGUGUGUGCUGAAAUAGCAGCUUACGCUAACAGAUACAAUCUUGUCCAGGAUGUCCAGAUGGGAAGCAGAGGCUGUACUAAUAUUACAAGCGAUGGUUUUGUCAUGCACCGGACACGUUCAGUGAUGGCAGGAGAUGAUGUUCUGUUACAGUGUGAAAUUCGUUCAAACCUGGCCACCCCUCACUGGACGCUGAACGGUCAGAAGCUGCUAGGUUAUGGCGUAGACUUCGGCUACCGCACCGGCACUGAUGGCCUCCUUAUCAUUGGAACUCAGAAUCAGCAAAGUGGACACUACCGCUGUUACGCUGUAGAGAACGGUGUCUGGGUUCCCAUUCGCAGUUACGUGGUAUGGGUCCAACCUGUUCCGCCUCCUGCAUCACAUUCUUCGGGAAUUCCAACGGCUUUACCCGAAAGUUUCUUCACUACCACAACUGCGCCAACUCUGAGUCCUUCCAGCGGUCCUGUUAAGCAACUUCUGUCGCCCCCACCGGGGCUGUUGCCUUCUGGACCGGAGCUCCAGAACUACAGACACAUGGAGGCUAUGUAUAUCUCUCUGGUGGCUGUUCUCGGUGGGCUUUGUCUGGUUCUAACAGUGGUCCUCCUGUACGUUAGCUUCUGUGCACACAACUCUUCCAAUGCCAGAAAGUACUCCCAGCAAGCUCUGUCCAUAACCAUGGCAGCCGAAAGAAAGAGGAGCUCGCACUUUGAGCUUAAAACCAUCUCCAGCCACUGCAAUGGCAGAACGGAGGGGCGUAGCAGAGCGAUGUCAAGAGACGGAGAGUUUCUACAGAUCGUUCCAGCGGACAUCCUGACCACGUCUAGCAAGGAACCUCCGCCUGCACCGCCACUUCCUAUGCCGCCGCCCCUGCCUGCAUCGGAGUAUGCCAAUGGUCUGUCAGCCACGUUGCCCAGUGUGCUAAGAAAGAUGAACGGGAAUAGCUACGUGCUCCUGAGGCAGACAGACACGGAAAUGACGUCUCCGCUUUACCACUCCUUCACCGAGGAGCUCAACAGGAUUCUAGAAAAGAGAAAACACACACAGUUGGACAUCCAGCCAGAUGAGAGCUCAGUGUAGCGUGAUCUCGCACCACUACUAUAUCGCCCCCUUGUGGUCUGGAAGCUUACAUUUUGUAUAAGAGCCAGAAGAAAAGUGUUCUGAAGUUCUUCAUUGUUACUCAAUAUACAACUUCAACUUAUUUGGCAAGGCGCCUUUGAGAAACAUCUCGUGAAAAUAUUUCUGAGUUUGGUCGAAUUUACUUUGGAUUUCAUAGACAUCAAAUGUAGCUAAAGACACCUAGACUGUGGACCUCGAAGUGU